ACCUUCUUCCACUAUAAACCUUUUUACACUUUUUCAUGGAUCCGUUCAACAACCCGGACAACCCGAACACUCCGAACAACCCGAAUAAUCCCAACAAUCCGACCCAACCUAAUGUUUUCUCGGUUCCGGGAUAUUAUCCGACGCUAGAACCGAACCAAUUCUCGCAAUAUUCAUCGAAUGCGUUUGCUUCAUUCCAACACUCGCCAAACCAAUUCGCUCAAAUCUCCCAAAAUCAAGCCCUUCAACAAAUGAUGAUGCGGGGUGCUUGGAACUUCCCACCCGUUCAACCUCAACCGAUCCCCACACCACCCGUUCAACCUCAACCGAUCCGGACCCAAUCCGAACCCGAAGACAAUGUGGAGAUUGUUCCCGAAACCCAACCGCCUAAAGGGAAAGGAAAACGAAACAAAGGCAAGCAAGUGGUGGGUGAUCAACCGUCGAAACCGAAGGCGACUAAGUGGACACCAAUCGAAGAAGAAGCCUUAGCCAAGGCUUUCAUUGGCACUUCUGACAACCCGACAAAAGGUAAUAACCAAUCGGGUGAGGGGUUUUGGUCCAAGGUAUUGGCCAAGUUUCUCGUCUUUAUGGACCAAGGCUCGUAUCGAGAUGUCGACUCGGUCUCCUCAAAGUGGCGGAAAAUGAACUCGUCCAUCAAUAGGUUUUGCGAGGAAUAUAAUAAAUUAUAUACAUGUGACCGUCGUAGCGGGUGGAACGACUAG